AUGAAGUGUGUUCUGAUGCUGAGCUUCUUGGCCCUUUGUUCUGGCCAAGAUGUCACCCUUCCAUCUGGUAAUCCACUCGCCCCAGUGAUCGCUACACUCAACGACAUUCUAUCUGGAGCUAGUCUUCCAACGAUCGACCCAGAAGCCAUCACUUUGCCAGCUGGAGUAUCCCUGCCUGCUGGAAUAUCUCUGCCAGCCGGAAUAUCCCUCCCAAGUGGACUUGGUGCCGUUUCAGACCUACCUCUGUCAGCUGUGUCACUUCCAGCUGGAAUGUCAGCUCCAAGCCUUGGCGGUGUAUCUCUUCCAGUAUCGGCUCCAAGCAUCCCUGGAGUGUCAGAUCUUCCAACCUUGGGCAGAAAGAAGCGUCAAGCAGAUCCAUCAGUGGCCUCGAUUAUCGCUGAACUGAACUCCAUUUUGAGUGCGAUCAGUCUGCCAACCAUCGAUCCUAACGCUGUGACCCUGCCAGUAUCUCUUCCAGCUGGUAUUACCCUCCCAAGCAUCAGUGGAGCCUCUCUUCCAGUAUCUCUACCUGGCCUUGAUGGAGUAUCGCUUCCAAGUGUUAAUGGAGUAUCUCUCCCAGUGACAGUACCAAGCGUUGGCGAUGUAUCUCUUCCAGUUUCAGCUCCAAGCCUCCCUGGAGUCUCCGAUCUUCCUCUCCGUGCCAAGCGUCACAUUUAA